AUGUAAAACAAUAGUAAUACAAAUCAAUCAAUUGAUAAUGAAGAACAAGCUAUAAAGCAUAAGGAUUUAAGUUAUGUAGAAUAUUUUGUUAUUGAAGGAAUUAUAUGAAUAAAAUAAAUUGGAAGAGGCAAUUUAAGAAGUAAAUAAGGCGUUAAAGUUAAUGCCAAAUUUAGCUUCUGGAUAUUUGUAUAGAGGUAAUCAAUUUAGUAAAAACAUAGCAUGGUUUGUUACUGAUAAAAAAUUGAUAGAUGAAGCAGUGACAGAUUUUUCAAAGGCAUUAGAACUAGAUCCAAAAUUAAUAUAAGCAUAUUUUUUUAGAGGUAAAAUAAAUUGAUCAAUAAAAAUAGGAAAUUUGUAUUUGGAUUUAAAAAAGGAUGAAGAGGCAAUAAGAGAUUAUAGCAAAGUUAUAGAACUCGACUCAAAAUACAAGAGUGCAUAUUAUAAUAGAUUUAUAAUACUAAAGAAUUAGAAACAAUUUGAAGAUGCUAUUAAGGAUUUGAAUAAAUUUAUAGAAUUAGAUUUAUCAAAUUCGAAUGCUUACUAUUAAAGAGGUUAAAAUUUAAUUAAUUAUCAAUAGGUCUUAUUCAUUCAGAAUUGAGUCAAAAUGAAGAAUGUUUAAGAGAUUACAAUAAAGCAAUUGAACUAAAUCCUUAAUUUGAGAAUUGUUAUUUUAAAAGAGGUAAAAAUAUAAAAUAAUAAUAGCAUUUAAAUUAAAAAUUUUGGGAAAAUUAGAAGAUGCUUAAAAGGAUUAUGAGAAAGUAUUGAACUUAAAUUCAAAAAAUGAAGAUGCAUACAAUAAUCUAGGUAUUAAUUUUAGAUUAAAUUAGCUAAUAUCUUUAAUGAAUUAGGAAAAUUAAAUUAAUCUAUUGAUUGUUAUUAAAAACUAAUUGAAUUGAAUCCUUAAAAUUUAGAUGCUUAUGAAAAUAAAGGUAUUUUGUAUUUAUAUAAGUUUAGCUAUAUAAUUGAGGAAUUUAGGUAAAAUUGAUGAGUCUAUAAUAUGUUACAAUAAACUAAUAGAAUUAAAUCCUAAAAAUGCAGACAUAUAUUAUAGUAGGGGAGUUCUAACAAUGAAUAAGAAUAUAAAUGAUUCAUUAAAUGAUUUUACUAAAGCAACUUAGCUUGAUCCAACAAAUAAGAAUGCAUUUUAUAAUAGAGGUAGUAUAAAUGUAAUGAUAUUUUAGCAAUAUUAUUGGGUAAGUUAGAGAGAAAUGAAGAAGCUGUUUAAUGCUAUCAUUAGUUGAUAGAUAUUGAUCCUUAAAAUAGCGAUGCUUAUUAUAAUUAAGGUAUUUUAAAAAUAUUUUGGUAGCCAUUCUCUUGAACGAACUUGGUAAAAAGGAAGAAGCUCUAUAUUCAUAUAAUAAAGCAAUUCAGAUAAAUCCAAAAGAAUCAAAUUCAUAUUAUAAUAGAGGUAUCAAUCUAUAAAAUGAUUAAAGCUUUAAUACUGAAUGAAAAAGGAGAAAAAGAAUUAGCUUUAAAAGACUAUAAUAAGACAAUAGAAUUAAAUCCAUCUUAUGUUAGUGCUCAUUAUAAUAGAGGUAACAGAUUUAUUUAUAUAAUUUUAGGAAUAUUAUUAAAAGAACUAGGAAAGUAAGAAGAUGCUUUAGAGAGUUAUAAAAAAGUAAUCUAAUUAGAUGAUAAUUACACUUAAGCCUAUUAUUGCAGAGGUAGGAAGAUUCUUAAAAUUAGCUAAUUUAUUGGAUGAUAUGGGUAAAUCCUAAGAAGCAUUGAAAGAUUAUUAAAAAGUUCUAGAUUUAGAUCCUAAUUAUACAAAUGCUUAUUAUAAUCGAGGUAAUUUUAAUCAUUAAUUAAUUAUAGCAAUAUUAUAUAAUAAAUUAAAUAAAACUGAAGAAGCAUUGAAGGAUUAUUAAAAGGUUCUGGAUCUAGAUCCUAAUUACACAGAUGCUUAUUAUAAUCGAGGUAAUUAUCAAAAACAUUUAUAGCAUUAUUAUAUAGUAAAAUUAAAAAAAAUUAAGAGGCUUUGAAUGAUUUUAAUAAAGUAAUUGAAUUAGAUCCUAAGAAUGCUGAAGCUUUUAAUUCCAGAGGUAUAUAAUUCAGUUUUAAUUUUAUAGGUAGUGUGUAUCAUGAGUUGGAAUAAGAUUAAGAAGCAAUGACUGAUUAUUCUACAUCUAUAAUGUUAAAUCCAAUUAAUUCAAAUGCUUAUAACAACAGAGGUAAAUACAUUCCUAAUAUAUAGCUAAUCUUUAUAGUGAUUAAGAUUUAAAAAAAGAAUCACUUGAUGAUUACAAUAUGUCUAUAUAGCUUAAUCCUUUAAAAUCAAAUACAUUUUGUAACAGAGGUACCUAUUUAAUAAAUUAUAAUAGGAAUUUUGUUGACAAAAAUCUAAAGAAAUGAAGAGGCUUUAGCAGAUUUUAAUAAAGCAAUUGAACUCAACUAAAAUAAUGCUGAGGCUUAUAAUAGUAGAGGUAAUGGAAUUAUUAAAUUUAGGAAUCUUGUAUAAAGACUUAAAUAAAUUUGAUUUAGCAUUUAAAGAUUAUUUCAAGGCUGCUGAAUUAGAUCCAAAUAAUUUAAAUUCUCUUUAUAAUAGAGGUUAAAUAUUCUCAUUAAAUUAUUAGGCAAUUUAUAUAAUGAAUAAGGUUAAAAAGAAAAGGCUCUUAAAGAUUUCAAAAUCAUAUUAGAACGUAAUCCAUCCCAUGCAGAAACAUAUAAUACAAGAGGUUUUUUAUUUUAUCAUUAUAUUUUAGGUAUAUUAUAUAAGAGAGAAGGAUAAAUAGAUAAUGCUUUAGCAGAUUAUAAUAAAGCUAUAGAUAUUAAUCCUCGAAAUCCUUUAUAUCUUACUAAUCUUGGUAGUUUAUAUUACUCUCAAAAGGAUUACAAUAAAGCUAAAAAUUUCUUCUCAUUAGCCUAGGGUUGCUUAGAAUCAAUUAUUCACUCUAAAUUUAAAUGUAGACAUCUUUCACCAGAAAAUAUUGAGUUUAUUUAGAAUUAAUUAAAAUUGAUAGCAGAUAUUGAUAGUCAACUUUAAGUUGCAAGAAAUAAUAUUAAUGCUUUAACAAAUGCAGGUUCAAUUGAUGGAUAAUAAAAAAAAGCAGCCUUCCUUGAAGAAUUCAUUUAGAUUUAAGAAUAGGUAGCAAUUGGUUUGAAACCUACUAAUGAAUAAUUUAAUUAAUAAUAGCAUUAAUAAAUUUUAGAUUUUCUAUCUAAAAUUGAUUAAUAGAUUAAAAUUCUUACAAUUAAAGUUGAAGAAUCACAGAAUAAGAAUGAAGAAAAAAUUAAUUCAUUAGAAUCUAAAGUUUUAUAAUUAUAAGAAUAAGACUCAAAUAUAUUACAAUAAGAAUUGCAAUUUUUAUAAAGACCUGAAAACUUGAACCUCUUCUUGUAUUAUAAAUCAUUAUUUUGGCGUUUAUAUAAUUAUUUACAUGCUAUGUAAUUAAUGUCAACUAAGUUUAUUGCCUUAAAUAGUGAUGAAAUGAUUGAAUCUAAUUCUGAGAAAGUUGUAGAAAUUCUUAAAAAUAUAUCAAAUACUAGUUCAUUUAUUAUAGGAUCGGUUCCAGUUGUAGGAACAAUAUUUACUGCCAUUAAUGCAGCUUUAGACUAUGCUGUAGAAAGAGUUAAAGAAAAAAAGUUUUAAAAUAGAUUAGAAGCUUUAACUCAAAUUUAAAAGAAAUAUUUUGUGUCACCUUCAGACUAAGAAAAAGAGAUUCAAUUUGCAGCUAUAUUUCUAGCAAAAAAACAAAUUUCAAAUAAUAUAUAAUAUGAUGAUGGGGCAUUAAAUCCUUUUACAUCUAAAUUAUCAAUUUUGGAAAAUAAUUAUGAAACAAAUUCACAAUCAGAAUAUUGGAAAAGAGGAAUCUAAGAUACUUUGAUUAUAUUAUAAUAUCUAGAAUUUCAUAGCGCUACUAUUUUAAAAUAAUAAGAAAACAAAAAAUUUAGAUAGGUACUUCAAGAUGCAUUUCAAUUUCGAAAUAAAUAAGAAAUGGAUGAUUAAAAUAAUUAAUGCCAUUUAGUUUAAGUUUCAAAUAGCAGUCGUUGUUGUUAACUUAUUUGA